AUGAAGUUACUUUUUAAAAGAUAUUCGUCUAGUCAUAUUGGUAAGCUGAUUAAGGACUCUUUAAUCACUCCUGAAAUACUACCACAGCUAGGGCGACAGCCAUCAUCGCAUAAACGUUUACCAAAUAACAAAAGAACUAACUCAAUAACUGAUAAAUGGUUGAAGGAUGCGCUAACAAGAAAAGAUAAACUGAAUGAAGAUAAGCUCCAAAAUGUAAAUUUACGAUUAAAUGUGGUACUGACUACUCUACAGAAGCUUCGUACAUCCGAUAAUCCUGCUUUGUAUUUUGCGUUGUUGAAUCGUAUUGGCACAGGUCACAUAAAAUGGCUAAAUAAAAGUGGCCGACAGAUUGAUGCAUUCCCACCUGAUCGGCUGCCUUUGGAAUUUUAUCAUGAGCUAUCUAAUAUGCUCUAUAAACUAUCGCUUCGGUCCGCAAAUGACAAAAUUGCACUAGCUAAAUUUUCAUUGCAAUUAUUGGAUCGCUAUUAUUUUCUUAAAACCAAAUCUUUAACUAUAGAAGGAAAAUUUCGGGCAAACAUAAAAUUUUUGAGGAAUUGUACUCUUUUAAUUGUUAAAUCCCAAUCGAACUACUACUUAAGGGCAAUACAGCGGUUGUUCGCGGAAAAUUCGGAGGGUCAAUUAUUAGCCAAUUUAUCCCAGCUGGCAUUUUAUGUGGAGACCUCCCAAUGGACAAGUAUGUUGGAUAUUUUAUCCUCAUGUGUACCGGAUUCUGGUUUAAGAGGUUCGAAGGAGCGUGAAAGAGCUAUUCAAUUGUUGGAGUUAUUUAGUCCAUGCCUAGUCAAAAGUCUAAAAGUAAUGAUAGCACAAAAUAUGGAGAAUGAAGCUUGUCAGAUUUUAAGGAGCUUGUCUGAAUGGAACUUUCAUUUUGAUCAGCAUGAUUCCUCCAACUUGAUACAAUUAUCCCAGAACCAUUCUUGCCUCAAAGUUAUUGAAACCAUGAAUGGAUUAUCAUCAACUACCGCUGUCACUAGGCAAUUCGGACUUGAAAAAUUACCAACUGACGUGAGUUUGAAGCAGAGCAUACAUAUUUUAUCAAAAGAUAAUUUCGAACCUCUCAAGCAAGAUUCAUUUCUUCAAUUUCUAUCGUUUAAAUUAAGUGAUUUGCCUCUGAACUUAGAAGUAUGGAAAAAGCACAUUAAGGAGGUUGAUGACCAAAUGCAGGCUGAGUCCAACCUGCAUUCCUUAAGAGCUUUUUUUAUUGAUAUGCUACUGUGUCACUUAUCUGUGCGCAAGGAUUUCGAUUUUAUGCUUUCAUUGGUCGAGCACAUAGUAUACGAAAAAAAUUUAUGGCAGCCAUUAUUACUCACAGAUAAUAUAGUUGGAAACAAAGAAAAUUCCACUUUUCAUUGCCUCUUUCAUGGCGCCUCUCAAGAUAUUUCUACCAAACUUACUCUACUGGCAUUGUAUAACCAGUUGAAUGAAAUCGGCUAUCAAUUUACCUCCCACGAUUUUCUCUCGAUGUUGAAAGUCUGCAAAAACUACUCUGAUUCUGAUUUUUUCUAUUUUGCUUUCUAUAAUUUGUUGGUUACACAAAGUCACAAAUUUUUUCUUUUCGAUAAGUUUAGUGAUAAGUUUUCGUGGAGGUUGCCAAUACAAAUCGGAGAUGCAAUUUCUGAAUGGCUAUCCAGCUUAGAAAUUGAUAUACAAGAAAACACCGAUAGAGUUUUGCAGAUAACAGAUGACGUCGGCGAAUGGUAUGUUGAGAAUAAACCAUUUAAGUCAGAAAAAGGGACCAUUCAACCAAUAAACAUAAUGGAAUUGCGCAAAAUUUUUGGGGAGCGAAAAACUCUAUUUCAUAUGGAUUCAGAAAUUUUCCAAAAAUCUAAAGCAAAAAGAGAUAAAGAAAUGCGGAAUGAAGCUUUAUUUACCGCAAAUGAUGCGGAAUAUAAUUUUGCUGCGGAUGUAUCCUAUGCAAAGAGAGUAGAAAAUCUAUUUUCUUACAUAAGAUCUAAGCAAAUGCAACAAAAAUAA